CAGAGGAGAUCCAGGACAGGCUUAAGCCCUCAAGGGUUUUCUCCUAAGGUGACAAAAGAGUGGGGGUGUGCCCAGUAACUUCCGAGGCCUCUGGGAAGAAUCCAUUCUUCUCGGCUCCAAGGAAGCCCAUGAUGGGUUUCUACCAUAUCUUUUAUUUCCCUUUGGGGCUCCUGCUCUGGUCCAUAUUACAGACAGCAUCAGCUCCAGCAACUCCUGACCCUGUCAUUUGCAGCAAUCAAGAGAAGCAGGUUAUGUUUAGCCACACCUACAAGAUUGAUGUACCGAAGUCCUCCCUGAUCCAGGUGGAGGCUGAUCCUGAACCACUCCGAGAUGAUGGGGGAAUGCUGCUCCUCCCUGGGGAGGCUGGUGAAGAACAGAAUAUCAUCUUCCGGCACAAUAUCCGCCUUCAGACCCCAAAGGGAGACUGCGAAUUGUCAGGCAGCCUCCAGGACCUGUUGGCCCGGGUGAAGAAGCUGGAGGAAGAGAUGGCAGAGAUGAAAGAGAAGUGUGGUACCCAGCAGUGCUGCCAGGGAGCCCCAGGCCUCAGCAACCUUUGCAGUGGGCACGGAAUUUUCACCCAAGACACUUGUGGGUGCAGAUGUGAUGAAGGCUGGGAAGGCCCUGACUGCUCCCUCCCCAGCUGUCCUGGGGGGUGCAGCGGCCAUGGGCGCUGUGUGGAUGGCCGAUGCAUUUGUGAUGAGCCCUACAUUGGUGAGGACUGUGGCUACCUGCCCUGCCCUGAGAACUGCAGUGGGAACGGAGUCUGUGUGAGGGGCGUUUGCCAUUGCCAUGAGGAUUUCACAUCGGAGGACUGCAGUGAGAAGAGGUGUCCCAAUGACUGCAGUGGCCAUGGCUUCUGUGACACAGGAGAGUGUUACUGUGAGGAGGGCUUCACUGGCCUGGACUGCUCCCAGGUUCCUGCUCCUCAGAGUCUGCAGCUACUCAAAAGCACUGAGGACUCUCUGCUGGUGCACUGGGAUCCAGAAGUGGAUGUAGACCAUUACCUGCUCAGCUACUAUCCCCUGGGGGUGGAUACUUCAAUGAAGCAGGUUAAGGUCCCCAAAGAUCAGCUGAGUUAUGAGAUUCACAACCUGCAGCCCAGCACCAAGUACAUUAUCAACUUACGCAAUGUGAAAAAGGGGAUUUCCAGUAACCCACAGCAUCUGCUGGCCUCUACAGACAUGUCUGUGAUUGGCACGGCUUGGGUGACUGAUGAGACAGAGUACUCCUUGGAUGUGGAAUGGGAGAACCCCCCUGUGGAGGUGGAUUAUUACAAACUCAGAUAUGGCACCUUACAAGGGCAGGAGGUGGAGGAGGUCACUGUGCCCAAGAGCAAUGAUCCCAAGAGCAGAUAUGACAUCACAGGUUUGCAGCCUGGGACUGAUUACAAGAUCACUGUGAUACCCAUGAGAGGUGGGCUGGAAGGCAAACCAAUUUCCCUGAGUGGCAAGACCGGAAUUGACAGUCCCACCAAUGUGGUGACCGAUCGAGUGACAGAGGAUACGGCCGCUGUCUCCUGGGAUCCUGUCCAGGCCGUCAUCGAUAGGUACGUGGUACGCUACACGUCUGUCGAAGGAGAGGUCAGGACGACGCCAGUGGGGAAAGAUAAGAGCAGCACCGUCCUGACAGGCUUGAAUCCAGGCAUGGAGUAUACUGUCCAUGUGUGGGCCGAGAAGGGGAGCCAAGAGAGCAAGAAAGCCAACACCAAGGCCUUAACAGAAAUCGACAGUCCAACCAAUCUGGUAACUGAACGUGUAACUGAGGAUACAGCCACCAUCUCCUGGGACCCAGUUCAGGCUGCCAUAGACAGGUACCUGGUGAGCUACAUCUCUGCUGAUGGAGAGACCAUGGAGAUACCAGUGGAGAAGGAAAAGACCACCACCAUCCUGACAGGCCUGAGGCCAGGCAUGGAUUAUACUUUCUAUGUCUGGGCUGAGAAAGGGGACCAAGAGAGCAAGAAAGCCAACACCAACGCCCCAACAGAAAUUGAUGACCCCAAGAACCUGAUAACUGAUCGGGUGACAGAGGACACAGCCACUAUAUCCUGGGACCCAGUCCAGGCUGCCAUAGACAGGUACAUGGUACGCUAUACCUCAGCUGAUGGAGAGGCCAAGGAGAUGCCAGUGGGGAAGGACAAGACCACCACCACUCUGACAGGCCUGAGGCCAGGCAUGGAUUACACUGUUCAUGUCUGGGCUGUGAAGGGAGACCGGGAGAGCAAGAAAGCCAAUACUAAAGCCCCAACAGAAAUUGAUGACCCCAAGAACCUGAUAACUGAUCGGGUGACAGAGGACACAGCCACUAUAUCCUGGGACCCAGUCCAGGCUGCCAUAGACAGGUACAUGGUACGCUAUACCUCAGCUGAUGGAGAGGCCAAGGAGAUGCCAGUGGGGAAGGACAAGACCACCACCACUCUGACAGGCCUGAGGCCAGGCAUGGAUUACACUGUUUAUAUCUGGGCUGUGAAGGGAGACCAGGAGAGCAGGAAAUCCAACACCAAUGCCCCAACAGAAAUUGAUGAUCCAAAGAACCUGAUAACUGAUCGGGUGACAGAGGACACAGCCACUAUAUCCUGGGACCCAGUUCAAGCUGCCAUAGACAGGUACAUGGUGCGCUACACCUCAGCUGAUGGAGAGACCAUGGAGAUACCAGUGGGGAAGGACAAGGCCACCACCAUCCUGACAGGCCUGAGGCCAGGCAUGGAUUAUACUGUUCAUGUCUGGGCUGUGAAGGGAGACCGGGAGAGCAAGAAAGCCAACACAAAAGCCCCCACAGAGAUUGAUAGUCCUAGAAACUUAGUGACUGACCGAGUGACAAAGGAUACAGCCACUAUAUCCUGGGACCCAGUCCAGGCUGUCAUAGACAGGUACAUGGUGCGCUACACCUCAGCUGAUGGAGAAACCCAGGAGAUACCAGUGGGGAAAGACAAAACUACUACUAUUCUACCAGGCCUAAGGCCAGGCAUGGAGCAUACUGUAUAUGUCUGGGCUGUGAAGGAAGACCGAGAGAGCAAGAAAGCCAACACAAAAGCCCUAACAGACAUUGAUGAUCCCAAGAACUUGAUGACUAACCAGGUGACAGAGAAUACAGCAACUAUAUUCUGGGACCCAGUCGAGGCUGUCAUAGACAGAUACAUUGUGCGCUACACCUCAGCUGAUGGAGAGACUAAGGAGAUGCCAGUGGAGAAGGACAAGACUGCCACCAUGCUGACAGGCCUGAAGCCAGGAAUGAACUACUCUAUUUCUGUCUGGGCUGUGAAGGGAGAUCGAGAAAGUAAGAAAGCCAACACCAAGGCAUUGACAGAUAUUGACCCUCCCAGAAACCUCCGUGCAUCUGAUGUAACCCAGUCUAGUGGUACUGUGACCUGGACACCACCCUCUGCUCAAAUUGAUGGCUAUAUUCUAACUUACCAAGCUCCAGAUGGCACCAGCAAGGAGGUGAAGCUGGGACCUUGGGACCAGAGGUUUGAGCUGCAAGGCCUUGGGCUAGGAGUAAGGUACACGGUUUCUCUGGUAGCCUUUAAGGGUGGUCGCCGGAGCAGGAUAGUAUCUACUGACUUAUCCACAGUUGGGGCUCGUUUCCCCUACCCAUCCGACUGCAGUCAGGUUCAACAGAAUGGAGACUUUGGCAGUGGCAUGUACACCAUCUACCUGCACGGUGAUGUCGACCGGCCCAUGCAAGUAUACUGUGACAUGGACACUGAUGGCGGCGGAUGGAUUGUAUUUCAGAGACGAAACACAGGGCAGCUGGACUUCUUCAAGCGUUGGAGGCACUAUGUGGAAGGUUUUGGCGAUCCCAUGAGGGAGUUCUGGUUUGGGCUCGAGAAACUACACAAUCUUACCACUGGAACACCAGUUCGAUAUGAAGUGCGCAUAGACUUACAGACAGCAAAUGAGUCUGCCUAUGCAGUCUAUGAUUUUUUCCAAGUGGCUUCUAGCAAGGACAGAUACAAGCUGACAGUGGGGAAAUACAGAGGCACCGCAGGUGAUGCUCUCUCUUACCACAAUGGAUGGAAAUUCACCACCUUUGACAGAGACAAUGAUAUUGCUCUCAGCAACUGUGCCCUGACACAUCAUGGCGGCUGGUGGUAUAAGAACUGCCACCUGGCAAACCCCAACGGCCGAUACGGAGAAACCAAGCACAGUGAGGGGGUGAACUGGGAGCCAUGGAAAGGACAUGAAUUCUCCAUCCCUUUUGUGGAGUUGAAGAUCCGCCCUCAUGGUUUCAGUGGGAGGCAUGUGCAGGGGAGGAAGAAAAGGAUGUUGGCAGGGAAGAGAAUAAUCAACAGAAGAUCCAACUGACUGGAAACCAGAAUGAGGGGAGAUUAGUUAAAGCUGCAAAGAGUUUUGGAUGGGGGGUGGGAAGAUUACUCAUUUUCUAAACUUGAAUUAAGAUCUGAGUGGCUGUAUGGGGGAUAUAUGUGAUCUCUACUUUCUGUUAUCUUCAGAGACCCAAUCUACAAGUGCAUUCUGCCAGGCCCCAAGCCAUGGCGAUUCCUCUUUCCUCUCCAUCUUCACUGAUGCAACAUUAUCUAUACUUAGGACUUUGAUUUUUAAAAAAGCGGUUGCACAGCAUGUGAUGGGGAAAUUAAUACCAUACUGGCAAGGAUGCUCAACCUUACCCCAAUGAUGUUCUAGUGACAUGAGAUGGCUUGAGAAUUCUGUAAAAGACAUGUCAUCUAGCUCUUUGCCAAUUGGAAAGCUCCAGAAACUGCUAUUUCUUGGAUUCCCUCAGUACAUAUUUUGUAUGUAUUUGUAUGUGCAUGUGUCACCCCACUGAUGGAAUGUAAGCUCCUCGAGGGC